UAUCAUGUUCGAGAUGGUAUUUGGUUGUAGUCUAGGGUUAGGAUUUUGGUGGCCAUGGCGACGCAGCAGCAAGGGGGAGCGGUAGGCGCGAAGAGGAAGCCAGUGUUCACGAAGGUGGAUCAGCUGAAGCCUGGGACGACCGGGCACACCCUCACGGCCAAGGUUCUGAAAUCUGAUACCGUGGUCAAUAAGGGCCACGCCGCCACACCAGUUCGCGUCCGCUCUACAAGGAUAGCCGAGUGCCUCAUCGGUGACGAGACGGGUUCCAUCAUUUUCACCGCUCGAAACGAUCAGGUUGACUUAAUGAAACCGGGCAACACAAUCAUUCUUCGCAAUGCAAGGAUUGAUAUGUUCAAAGGCUCGAUGAGACUGGCCGUCGACAAGUGGGGACGCAUCGAGGUUACUGAGCCAGCCGAUUUCACAGUAAAAGAGGAUAACAAUCUAUCUUUGGUUGAGUAUGAAUUGGUGAAUGUGGCGGAAGAGUAAAAACUGCAUUUCCGCGAAUAAUCACACUUGGAGCAUGGUAAAAAAACAUCGACACUACUACAACACCUUUAGGUGAUAAAUUUGUGCAGCCAAUGUCAAAGCAUCUAUCCUAAGUCAUGCCAGUUCCGGAUGAAUUUUAAUGACUGCUUGCUACCGUAACCUAGUAGGAAUCCAGACCUACGGAUGUUGCUGCAUCAGUUUGGUAAGUCCUUUGUUCUUUUUAAAGUUUAAAUUGUUUUUUUAUGUUGCUUGUAAUAGUUUUUGAACUUAAGAACUUUGUACUUGUGGCUAUCCAGUCUGUUUUAAAUCGUUUAUGAUAUAGCUGGUAGACGAUUGUUUUUU